AUGUCGGUCCGUCGUGAGGUGGUCUCACUUUCACAGCUACUGCGUCGUAAUGAAAACUCGAAUCCACGUCGAGGACCUGGACAUGCACCACCUUUACCUCUACAAACUUCAAGACGAUUGUCUUCUGGAUACAAAAGCAUCGAAGGACGACCAACCAACUCGGCGCCUUUAACAGAAAGACCAGCGAGCUCAAGACAUUCACCACUCUUUACUCAAUGCGUUCGGGAUGCCAAUCGUGCAUCAACUUCUCAGCCCGAGAGCAGCCAAACCAAUGGUGAAUUUUCUGGACUCUCCCAAGAAGCGUACGAGGCUGAGAGCGUGCAGCUGAGUGCCAUGACGUCGAUGUCACAGUCAUCGGGGUAUUGUCAGACGCAGUCUCAAAAUUUACUGGGAUCGAGUCAAGAUGAUCAGCUGCAUCGACUUCAGCAAUGCCAGGCUCAGCAAGCUCCAACUUCAAUGUCUCUGUCUCCUAUUCGCUGCAACGGGAGUGACAAACUUCAAGAAUUUGAACAGAAUCUGACCAAGACACUGGUCGAGCAAACGAAGAAACAUAAGCAACAACAGGAACAGCUAGUGAUGCAGUUGACCAUUCCAAUAAAGGAGUCGAUGGAGGAAAUCAACACGAAGCUUGUCACUUGCGGUCAAGAUCAGCAAAAGCAAGGGGCAGUCAUCGGGGAGCUUGCAGAAGGCAUCAAUAACGUGACAACCACAGUCUCGGAGCUCCGUGAGCAGAGCCGUGGCAACAAAGCGGUUUGUGAAGAAGCUCGUAAAGCAGUCUUCACCGAGGCAGAGGCUGUUAAGGCAGCUCUUACAAGCCUCCAAGCCAGGGUUGAUUCAGUUGAAGGCAGUGUGGAAUCAUGUUGUGGUCAAGUCGCACAGGUUCUUGAAGUAAUCGGCACCAAACACGAGGUACUGUUAUCAGCUGUAGUCGCAUCAUCUUGCAAUUGCCCUCAAGACACCACGCCCGUUAAAGCUUUUUCAAGCGCUGAAAGGGCUACCAAAAAGAGAAGACCAAACCUGUACGACUUCGAAGUAGCUGAAAGAAACUCAAGCCGCUACGAUUUUUCCUCAGUCACCAGAUCACCAGCGCGAUCCAGCGAUCAAUCACCAAUGCACGAUACCAGCCUUCAUUUGGCACUCCAGCAGAUCGAAGCCCUUCGCGCUAAACGUCGCAGCUGCUUACGCAAUUAUUGA